AUGACAAUUAAAAUUAUUUUUAUUAUCUUAUUGUUUUUUACUUAUGUUUUGCCUGAACUAAAUCAUCCAAAAGCAAGGUUUUGGUGGCAGAUAUUUUGCAUGAAAAUGACGUUUUUAUGUAGUGGCCAACAUCAAAAAAAUGUUCGAAUUGUAACUUAUGACUACACGGCAGGUAUCUAUUCUAAAGUUGGUUACCAAAAUCUUGGCAAUAGUAGUUAUAUAUCAUAUUGUGGAUUACUUGAUGGACUUUUUAAAUUUCAUCCUUACUUGUAUAUUUAUCAUCAAUGCAAUGAAACAAAUCCUAUGUGUGAAAAAGAAAUAUAUUUUCAGAUUCCAAAAGAAUAUGUAUUUUGGGGAACAAAUGCCACAAAAACUUAUGUUGAUAAUAAAUUUGAAUUGAACAAAACAUAUAAAGGAGAAAUGAGACAGUGCAUUAUAAAAGGAAAACUAAUAAAAAAUGUUCCUUAUGGUAAAGAAUCUAGUUAA